AUAAAAUAAAUAAAAGUGACUCUAAAAUUUUACCGCAAAUUUUUAUGUACAAAAAUAAAUAAACUUUGUUCGCUCGUAAUUCGGGUUAAAUAAAUUUACCGCUAAUCUUUAUAUACAAGAAAAUACAUAAAUUUGUUCGCUUUUGGUUCCAGUACAUAAUAUAGAAUUUUGUGUAUACUAAAUUUGUCGCUCGGAAUAUUGCGGUACAUAUUUAUAUAGAAAGUGAAUAAAUACAUAAAGUUUGUAUAUAAACAUUUUUGGCGUAAAACUUUUGGCGUCGGUGCUCUACAAUACAUAGUAUCAUCCAUUUUGAAAUUUGUUUUUGGAAAUUUUUGGCUCACUUAACCAAACUUUUGGAAAUUUAUGAUGACUUUGGAAGAGGUUAAGCAGCAACGGGCUAAUACGAAGAAGAGUAUUACCCGCAUCAAGAACCAAAUCGAAGCCAAUGGAAGGGGUGAAGGUAAGACACUUUCGUCUGCUGAGUUGAAGUGCCGUUUGGGGAUACUGGAGUCAUAUUUUAAACAGAUAUUGACGUAUCAAACACAAAUUGAAAAAUAUGAUCCCGAGGAUAAUGCUAGGUCCGAAAUUGAAGAUUUGUACAUCUCAGCCAAAAUGAAUAUCCAGUCGCAGCUUGGUGAAGAUGUUCAUAACACAACGUUGUCCGAGUCCACCAUUUGUUUCCCAGCUCCCAGCCAUAAAUUGCCCCAACUCAAAUUGCCCACAUUUAGUGGUAAGUACAGUGAAUACAAGAAUUUUAUAACGUCGUUCAAUCAAGUUAUCGAUCGUGAGUUUGGCCUAUCAAAUAUUGAAAAGUUUAAUCAUUUGCUCAACUGCCUCCAAGGCCAAGCUCUAGAAACGGUCAAGGCUUUCCAGAUUACGAACGAAAAUUACCCGAAGGCUCUGGAAAGGCUCAAAACGCGUUAUGAUAAUAGCUCGCUUAUUUUUAUGGAAAAUAUUACCGCCCUUUUUGAACUUCCUGCCAUGUCCAAAUACAAUUGUGCCCAAUUACGAAGUCUCGUCGAUAAUGUUUCUGCCCUUUAUAGUUCCUUACUGUCUCUUGGCUCACAUAGUGAUAUUGCUAAUUCCAUGCUGAUUUACAUAGUGAUGGAAAAAGUGGAUGAAGAUACCAGAAGAAAGUGGAAAGAUUCCUUGGACUUUACCAGAUUGCCAACAUGGGAUGAUUGCUCCAAGGUCCUUAAAAGGCGUUGUCAAUUUUUGGAAUCGGUUGAUACCAACCAUACUUUUGUGGCCCCUCGUAAGCCUGAUCAUCAAUCUGCCCCAAGAAUUAGAAAAUGCUAAACUUUGUAUCGUUUUCAACAUCCAGAAACUACAUUUUCAAGAUGACAUAACUCGAGCUCUAAAGAAGAAAGAUCCCCAAGGUGCUCUAAAGUGUCUGAACCCCUUCCUAGAUUCGUCAAAUGGUUUCAACUUGCUCAAGGUCGGCGGACGCUUGGAGUACGCGGCAAUA